AGAGCUAAUCAUUGACAUUAAUAAGGUGCAACAGAUAGUACCAUUAUUUAGUGAAGUUAUAACAUUUUCGUUGUCAGUCAGGUUGUGAAGUGCAAGUGUGGAAAAUGCCAAGGAGAUACCAAACAAUGGAUUUAGAAGGCCAGACGCGGGGCAUGUCAUUUUUAAACAAGAUCUGGGGGAGCAGAAGCUUUCUCGAAAAAAUCUUUAUCAUUUCAAUUGGAACUUUGACAGCAACAACCAUAGGACUUGCUAUCGCAACUGGCAUCCUUGAUGCAAAAGUUCGAGAUUUAGAGGCCACCCCAUUCCCUACCACCACAACACAGUCUUCAACUACCACACUACCACCAGAAGAAACAACCACAGACUCUGACACAACCACAGCCGGAGACACAACCACAGUCGGUGAAACAACCACAGAGAGUGAAACAACCACAGCCGGCGACACAACCACAGCUGGAGACACAACCACUGUCGGCGACACAACCACAGCCGGCGACACAACCACAGUCGGCGACACAACCACAGUCGGCGACACAACCACAGCCGGCGACACAACCACAGCCGGAGACACAACCACUGUCGGCGACACAACCACUGUCGGCGACACAACCACAGCCGGCGACACAACCACAGCCGGCGACACAACCACAGCCGGAGACACAACCACUGUCGGCGACACAACCACAGUCGGCGACACAACCACAGCCGGAGACACAACCACUGUCGGAGACACAACCACAGUCGGCGACACAACCACAGCCGGCGACACAACCACAGCCGGCGACACAACCACAGCCGGAGACACAACCACUGUCGGCGACACAACCACAGUCGGCGACACAACCACAGCCGGCGACACAACCACAGCCGGAGACACAACCACUGUCGGAGACACAACCACAGUCGGCGACACAACCACAGCCGGAGACACAACCACGGCUGCUGACACAACCACAGCCGAUGACACAACCACAGACGCUAACACUGAAUCAACUCCCGCGGAACCAAUCACAGCAGCUGGCACCAUGUCGUAGCUUGCCAAGAAUUAAUUACGAUUUUAAUGUUGUUUUAUAUUUAAAUUGCAGUUGAAGAGGGAAGAGAGUAUUUGGAUUUAAGGUCAUUAAAAAAUAUAAAAAAAUUGUAAAGACAGGGCUAUGUUAACUAGAUAUUCUUUUCAUGGCUAUCAUUUCCUCGUCUGUUCACAUAAAUGUUUUCAUCUCGAUGUCACCGCUAUAAUUGUAAAUGUAUUUAUUGUGAUUCUUUGCUUAAUAGUAUGUACCAUUUACUAGACUGUGUCAAAAAACCUUUACCUUAUUUAUCUCAAGCAUUCCGUUAUAAUAAAUAAAUUUGUAAUUGACUGUUAGUUGUACACCGAUGGUGUCCAAUAAAAUGAUAAUAAUAAUAUUUAAAUUGCACGUAUUGUGUAUAAUCAAUGCACCCUUUUGUGAACUACAAGAUGCUGGAUAUUGUGCAUGAGAUUUUGAAUGGAUUUUGACCUUAAAAUUAUUUAUUAGCAGAAUUGCUACUUUUCAUUUUUAUAUUAUUGUUGUCUCGCUUCAGCUAAUAUAAAAAAUGCUAGUAAAAAUGACUAUAUAAUAUGAUUUAAAGGCCUCAAACUAUAAAAAAUUAUUUGAACUCACAAGUAGUUUGUAGCAGAAGAACACUAAUUAUUAAUAUCGCUUGUAUAAAACACACCUUUUUUAAAUAGUUAAAAUUACACUUUCAAUUAAUUUAUAAA